UAUAAUUGGGUGGAGUAUUAUUAAUAACUAAAUAUUAAAUAUUACGAUUGUAUUGACUACGAAGUAUGCAAACAUUGCAAACGAAAAACUUUAAACGUCAAUAAUCGCCUAAUAGAAUAUCAGGUUGAAGUUUCAUUAUUUUUAAGUUUAGUUCAUUAUAUACUUUUAAUAACCUUCCAACUGGCUUAUUAACAUAUACCACUCAAGGUGUCACUACUGAGACAUUCUCUCUAUAUUUGGUCUACUCACUACAUUUGAAGAUGUUUCAAAAUCUUGAGACUUGUUUGGAGAAAUAUAUUCCACAGGAAGAAUUAAAUCAUGUGCAAAGGAUUUUAUAUGGAAAAAAAUUAGAAGAACUUCAGCUACCAAAAUCCUGCUUAAAUAAUGAAGAUAAUAUAGAAGUUAAAGGUUUCAGAUUUGAAAGUUUAACUGAAGAGUUUCGAGAAAAACGAAUUGUAAGAGUUGGAGUUAUUCAAAAUCAAAUUGUUCUUCCAACAACAGCUCCUUUAGCCGAACAACGUAAUGCCAUUUAUAAAAAGAUUAGCAAAAUAAUAUCCCUUGCUGCUGAGGCAAAUGUGAAUGUGUUAUGCCUUCAAGAAGCCUGGCCUAUGCCCUUUGUGUUUUGUACAAGAGAAAAAUUUCCAUGGUGCGAGUUUGCUGAAUCAGCUGAAACAGGACCUACAACUUUGUUUCUAAAAGACAUUUGUAAACAAUACAACAUGGUUAUUGUAUCACCAAUUCUGGAACGUGAUGAACAAGAAGUGAUAUGGAACACAGCUGUGGUCAUAGAUAACUUUGGUAAAGUAAUUGGAAAGCAUAGAAAGAACCAUAUACCUCGAGUGGGUGAUUUUAAUGAGUCUACUUACUACAUGGAAGGAAACACGGGACAUCCUGUUUUUGAGACAGCAUUUGGUCGAAUUGCAAUCAAUAUCUGUUAUGGACGCCACCACCCACUGAAUUGGUUGAUGUUUGGGUUAAAUGGAGCUGAAAUUGUUUUUAACCCUUCAGCUACUAUUGAUGGCUUGAGUGAGACACUUUGGGGAAUUGAAGCCAGAACAGCUGCAGUUGCCAACAGUUAUUUUUCUUGUGCCAUCAACAGAGUCGGUACAGAAACUUUCCCGUCAGAGUUUACAAGUGGUGAUGGUAAACCUGCACAUAAAAGUUUUGGCCAUUUUUAUGGAUCGAGCUAUAUUACUGCUCCUGAUGGUUCAAGAACACCUGGCCUUUCCAGGACUCGUGAUGGAUUGCUUAUUUCAGAAAUAGACUUAAAUCUUUGUAGACAAGUAAAGGAUCAUUGGGGUUUCCAAAUGACUCGAAGACUAGAUUUGUAUGCAGAGUCAUUAUCAGACAUAGUUAACUCUAAAUAAUUAUAUUCACUUCAAAAUGGGAUAGCAAUAGCUAACAAAUAUUAAAUUUAACACAAACUUUUAAAUUACAUUGUUAUACACUUUUAAUUUGUCUACUUAGUUUAUAAAACAUUAUCAUUUAUUAUUUUGAGUAUUAUAAAUAUAUUACAUACAAUAUAUAACA